AUGUCUUACGAUAACAAUAACAAUUAUUAUGACCCGAACCAACAGCAGCCAGCUGAAGGGGAGGGUUAUUACCAGCAGGGGCCCUACGAUGAAAUGGGACAGCCUGUUCAGUACCAAGAAGGCGGCGAGUACUUCGACCAGGGCCAACAGUAUCAACAGCAGCCGUAUGAUGAUGGUUACCAGAAUUAUGAGCAGGCUAAUGCUGGAUAUUCGGCUGAUCCUGAAGCGUUUUCUGAUUUCAGCUACGGAGGCCAGAAUCCUGGCACGCCGGGCUACGACUCGUAUGGCACUCAAUACACACCUUCGCAAAUGAGUUACGGUGGUGCCAGAUCCUCUGGUGCUUCCACGCCGAUCUAUGGUGCGAAUCCCAACUACGAUCCGACUCAGUUCCAGUUGUCCUCAAACUUGCCUUUCCCAGCUUGGUCUGCUGAUCCUCAAGCUCCUAUCAAAAUUGAGCACAUCGAAGAUAUCUUCAUUGACUUGACGAACAAGUUUGGUUUUCAAAGAGACUCCAUGAGAAACAUGUUUGACUACUUCAUGACUUUGUUGGACUCCAGAUCUUCGAGAAUGUCUCCGGCCCAAGCUUUGUUGUCCUUGCACGCCGACUACAUCGGCGGUGACAACGCCAAUUACAAGAAGUGGUUCUUUGCGUCCCAACAAGAUUUGGAUGACUCCAUUGGUUUUGCUAAUAUGGAUUUGGGCAAAAUUGGAAAAAAAGCUAGAAAGGCCUCCAAAAAAUCCAAGAAAGCCAGAGCUGCCGCAGAAGAACAUGGCCAAGAUUUGAAUGCUUUGGCUUCUGAGUUGGAAGGAGACUACUCUUUGGACGCUGCUGAAAUUAAGUGGAAGGCGAAGAUGAACGUUUUGACUCCAGAGGAGAGAGUAAGAGACAUUGCUCUUUACUUAUUGUUGUGGGGUGAGGCAAAUCAAGUUCGUUUCACUUCUGAGUGUCUUUGUUACAUUUACAAAAUGGCCAUGGACUACUUGUUGUCUCCGCAAUGUCAGCAGAGACAAGAGCCUGUUCCCGAAGGUGACUACUUGAAUCGGGUUAUCACCCCCAUCUACCGGUUCUUGAGAUCUCAAGUCUACGAGAUCUACGAAGGCAGAUUUGUCAAGCGUGAGAAAGAUCACAACAACGUCAUUGGAUACGACGAUGUCAAUCAGUUGUUCUGGUACCCAGAGGGAAUUUCGAGAAUCAUCUUCACGGAUGGAACCAGGUUGGUUGAUCUUCCUCAGGAAGAAAGAUUUCAGAGACUUGGUGAAGUCGAGUGGCAAAAUGUCUUCUUCAAGACCUACAAGGAAAUCAGAACAUGGUUGCAUUUCAUCACCAAUUUCAACAGAAUUUGGGUUAUUCACAUUUGUAUCUACUGGAUGUACACUGCUUACAACGCUCCAACGUUGUAUACUCAACACUACGUCCAGACCCUCAACAAUCAGCCAACAGCAUCUUCGCAAUGGGCUGCUCCAGCGAUUGGUGGUGUCAUUGCAUGCGUGAUUCAAAUAUUUGCUACCUUUUUCGAGUGGAUGUUUGUUCCAAGAGAGUGGGCUGGUGCCCAGAGACUCACACGCCGUUUGAUGUUCUUGCUUUUGAUCUUCCUUGUCAACCUUGCUCCUAUUGUGUUCACGUUCUACUGGGCUGGUUUGAGUGCAAUCUCCAAGACAGCACAAGUUUUGUCUAUUGUUGGAUUCUUUGUUGCCAUCGCCACUUUACUUUUCUUCGCUGUUAUGCCUUUAGGUGGUUUGUUUACGCCCUACCUCAACAAGAGCUCGCGCAAAUAUCUUGCCCAACAAUUCUUCACUGCAAACUUCCACAAGUUGAAGGGUUUGGACAUGUGGAUGUCAUAUCUUCUUUGGUGUACGAUUUUUGCCGCAAAGUUGACUGAGUCGUAUUUCUUCUUGACAUUGUCCUUGAGAGAUCCCAUCAGAAACUUAUCGACAAUGACUAUGAGAUGUAACGGUGACUACUGGUUUGGUGACAAGUUGUGCAAGCAACAAGCAAAAAUUGUAUUGGCGUUGAUGAUCCUUGUGGAUAUGUUGUUGUUCUUCUUGGAUACAUACAUGUGGUACAUUGUGUGCAACUGUGUGUUCUCUAUUGGCCGUUCUUUCUACUUGGGCAUUUCCAUUUUGACUCCAUGGAGAAACAUUUUUACGAGAUUGCCCAAGAGAAUUUACUCUAAGAUUUUGGCGACAACCGAGAUGGAAAUCAAAUACAAACCUAAGGUUUUGAUUUCUCAAGUCUGGAACGCUAUCGUCAUUUCUAUGUACAGAGAACACUUGUUGGCUAUCGAUCACGUUCAAAAGUUGUUGUACCACCAAGUUCCAUCAGAGAUUGAGGGUAAGAGAACUUUGAGAGCACCAACUUUCUUCGUGUCUCAAGAUGACAACAACUUUGAGACGGAGUUUUUCCCAAGAAACUCUGAAGCUGAAAGACGUAUCUCUUUCUUUGCUCAAUCCUUGGCCACGCCAAUCUAUGAACCAUUGCCCGUUGACAACAUGCCCACUUUCACUGUUUUCACUCCUCACUACGCCGAAAAGAUUUUGUUGUCUUUGAAGGAAAUUAUCAGGGAAGAUGAUCAAUUCUCCAGAGUCACUUUGUUGGAAUACUUGAAACAGUUACACCCUGUUGAGUGGGAUUGCUUUGUCAAAGAUACCAAGAUCUUGGCGGAGGAAACUGCAGCGUUUGAGAAUGGUGAAGAGGAAGAGAGAGAAAAUGAAGAUGGUUUGAAGUCUAAGAUCAACGACUUGCCAUUCUACUGUAUUGGUUUCAAGUCUGCUGCACCAGAGUACACAUUAAGAACAAGAAUUUGGGCAUCCUUGAGAUCUCAAACUUUGUACCGUACUGUUUCUGGUUUCAUGAACUAUGCAAGAGCAAUCAAAUUGUUAUACCGUGUUGAAAACCCCGAAUUGGUUCAAUAUUUUGGUGGUGAUCCCGAAGGUUUAGAGAUGGCUUUGGAGAAAAUGGCCAGAAGAAAAUUCAAGUUUAUUGUGUCCAUGCAGAGAUUGUCCAAGUUUAAAGAGGACGAGAUGGAAAAUGCUGAGUUUUUGUUGAGAGCCUACCCUGAUUUGCAAAUUGCCUUCUUGGAUGAAGAACCACCUUUGAACGAAGAUGAAGAGCCUCGUGUUUUCUCUGCUUUGAUUGAUGGUCAUUGUGAAGUUUUGGAAAAUGGUACACGUCGCCCUAAGUUUAGAGUUCAAUUGUCUGGUAAUCCAAUCUUGGGUGAUGGUAAAUCUGAUAACCAAAAUCAUUCUGUCAUUUUCCACAGAGGUGAAUAUAUCCAGUUGAUUGAUGCGAAUCAAGACAACUAUCUUGAGGAGUGUUUAAAAAUCAGAUCUGUUUUGGCUGAGUUUGAGGAAUUGAACGUGGAACACGUCAACCCUUACGCUCCGGACUUGAGAAAAGAUGACGAAGAACAACCCGCUCCAGUCGCCAUCUUAGGUGCGAGAGAGUACAUUUUCUCUGAAAACUCCGGUGUUUUGGGUGAUGUUGCUGCUGGUAAGGAACAAACUUUUGGUACUUUGUUUGCUAGAACUUUGGCGCAAGUUGGUGGCAAAUUGCAUUAUGGUCACCCUGAUUUCUUGAACGCAACAUUCAUGUUAACGAGAGGAGGUGUUUCUAAGGCCCAGAAGGGAUUACACUUGAACGAAGAUAUCUAUGCUGGUAUGAACGCAAUGUUGAGAGGUGGAAGAAUCAAGCACUGUGAGUACUACCAAUGUGGUAAGGGUAGAGAUAUGGGGUUCGGCUCCAUUUGUAACUUUACGACAAAGAUUGGUGCUGGUAUGGGUGAGCAAAUGUUGUCAAGAGAAUACUACUACUUGUCAACCCAAUUGCCUUUGGACAGAUUUUUGUCCUUCUACUACGGUCACCCUGGUUUCCACAUUAACAACUUGUUCAUUCAAUUGUCUUUGCAAACUUUCAUGUUGGUUUUGGCAAACUUGAACUCAUUGGCACACGAAUCGAUCUUGUGUGAUUACGACAAAAACGUUCCCGUCACCGAUGUUUUGGAACCUUAUGGUUGUUACAACUUGGACCCUGCAGUGGAUUGGAUCAGACGUUAUACAUUGUCUAUUUUCAUUGUUUUCUUCAUCUCGUUCAUUCCUUUGGCUGUUCAAGAAUUGAUUGAAAGAGGUCUUUGGAAGGCUACUCAGAGAUUUGCUAGACAUUUUGUCUCGUUGUCUCCGUUGUUCGAAGUUUUCGUUGCUCAAAUCUAUUCCACGUCAUUGAUUACUGAUUUGACUGUUGGAGGUGCCAGGUACAUUUCUACCGGAAGAGGUUUUGCUACUUCGCGUAUUCCAUUCUCCAUUUUGUUUUCCAGAUUUGCGGACUCCUCAAUUUACAUGGGUGCUAGAUCCAUGUUGAUUAUUUUGUUUGGUUCUGUUGCACACUGGCAAGCUCCUUUGUUGUGGUUCUGGGCGUCUUUAUCUGCUUUGAUGUUUUCCCCGUUCGUGUUCAACCCACAUCAGUUCGCAUGGGAAGACUUCUUCCUUGACUACCGUGACUUUAUCAGAUGGCUCUCGCGUGGUAACACUAAGUGGCACAGAAACUCUUGGAUUGGGUAUGUCAAGCUUUCCAGAUCGAGAAUCACUGGUUUCAAGAGAAAAUUGACCGGUGACAUCUCGGAGAAGGGCGCAGGUGACGCUUCCAGAGCUCACAGAGCCAACAUCUUAUUUGCUGACUUCCUUCCUUGUGUGUUUUACACUGCUGCUUUGUUUGUCGCUUACACUUUCAUCAACGCCCAAACUGGUGUCACUGAGUGGUCAGUCUCAGGAAGAGACUCCACUGAUCCUAUCACGGUCAAUUCCACUGUCAGAAUCAUUAUUUGCGCUUUGGCCCCUGUUCUCAUUGACAUGGGCUGCUUGGCUGUGUGUCUCGGUUUGGCUUGUUGUGCGGGUCCAAUGUUGGGCUUGUGCUGCAAGAAGACUGGUGCUGUUAUCGCUGGAGUUGCACAUGGUGUUGCAGUUAUUGUGCACUUGGUCUUCUUCAUUGUUAUCUGGGUCUUGGAGAGUUUCAACUUCGCGAGAGUGUUGUUGGGCGUUAUCACGAUGAUUUACAUCCAAAGAACCUUGUUCAAGUUGAUGACCUUGUUGUUCUUGACCAGAGAGUUCAAGCACGAUAAGUCGAACACUGCAUUCUGGACCGGAAAAUGGUACGGAAGUGGUAUGGGCUACAUGGCCUUCACCCAGCCCGCCAGAGAAUUCUGUGCUAAGACUAUUGAGAUGUCUGAAUUUGCAGGUGACUUUAUCUUGGCUCACUUGAUCUUGUUUGUGCAGUUGCCUGUCUUGUUCGUUCCGUUGAUUGACAGAUGGCACUCCACCAUGUUGUUCUGGUUGAAGCCUUCCAGGCUUAUCAGACCUCCAAUCUUUUCUUUGAAACAAGCCAAGUUGAGAAAGAGAAUGGUGAGAAAGUACUGUACUUUGUACUUUGUGGUGUUGGUCCUCUUUGUCAUCAUCAUUGCUGCCCCAGCCAUCGCCUCCAGUCACGUCCCAUCUGAUCUUGGAACCUCGUUGAUCGGUGCCUUCCAAGGUGUGUUCCAGCCUAGAGGCACCCAUAUCAAUGACACCGGUGCCGUGUCGUCGUGGUGGAGCUCUGAUGGUGUGCUGAUCACCUUCUGGUCUUUCACUCCAACAAACACUUGGACCUACACCACUAAGGCUUUCUAA